UCUAACCCCACUAUGUUGAGCAUAGAGAUAAUAUAUUCCACUUGGAAUAUUAAGAUAGCGAUUAGCGACUGCAUAAUCUUAUAUUUCAAAUGCGUGUGUAAGUGUAAGUAUAACUAGUGAGUCAGUUAUUAACUUUAAGGAGAGAUGUCCUUGACAUCAAAGAGUCCUUUAUCAAUUUUAAAACUCCAUAGCCAUAGAAAAUGAUGCCUUCCUUCAUAAUUUAUAAUCAUAUUACAUGCAGACUAAUAUUAAAUGGUCGCUAAACAAGCAUAUAAUAUGAAUUCAUGCGGGUGCCGUAAAGUUCACUUAAUGUAACAAGCAUAUCCAGCAAACUCCAUGAACUAGAAUUGAGUUGGAUAAAAAUGACAAUGCAAAACUCUCUCCAAAUAACUACAGGUGGUACUCGCGGUUACGAUGAUGAUGGACGUGCCAAGAGGACUGGAACUUUAUGGAGUGCUGUGGCUCAUAUCAUUACAGCUAUUAUUGGUGCUGGUGUUCUGUCUCUGGCAUGGAGCACUUCCCAAUUGGGAUGGAUUGCAGCACCACUUUUCUUGGUUUUUUGUGCAAUUGUCACCUAUAUUUCUUCAUUCCUCCUUUCUGAUUGUUACAGAACUCUGGAUCCUGUAACUGGGAAAAGAAACUGCUCUUACAUUGAAGCUGUUAGAAUCUAUCUUGGCAAUAAAAGAACAUGGUUGGCUGGUUUCCUUCAAUAUUUGAGCUUGUAUGGAGUUAGUAUUGCUUACAUAAUUACCACAGCACAAUGUUUGAGAGCGAUACUGAAAUCAAAUUGUUAUCACAAGGAAGGACAUCAGGCUCCUUGUAAAUAUGGAGAUACAAUAUAUAUGGUGCUGUUUGGACUAAUUCAGGUCAUAAUGUCAUUCAUACCAGAUCUUCACACCAUGGCAUGGCUUUCAGUUGUUGCUGCCAUAAUGUCCUUUACAUACUCAUUCAUUGGACUUGGACUUGGCAUCGCAACAGUAGUGGAAAAUGGAACAAUUAAGGGGAGAUUAACAGGAGUACCAACUUCAAAUAUUGUUGACAAAUUCUGGUUAGUCUUCCAAGCAGUUGGUGAUAUUGCCUUUGCCUAUCCAUACACGGUCAUCCUCUUGGAGAUACAGGACACUCUAGAGUCUCCUCCACCAGAAAACAAGACCAUGAAAAAGGCCUCCUUGAUCGCUCUCCUCAUUACAACAUUCUUCUACCUCUGCUGUGGAUGCUUUGGAUAUGCAGCUUUUGGAAAUCAAACACCAGGGAACCUCUUGACAGGAUUUGGCUUUUACGAGCCCUAUUGGCUCGUUGACUUUGCUAAUGCUUGCAUUGUUCUUCAUCUGGUAGGAGGAUAUCAGGUUUACUGUCAGCCGAUAUAUGGUGCUGUUGAUCGAUGGUGUUCAAAAAAAUACUCCAACAUUGGCUUUGUGAAUAAUUUCUAUCAAUUGAAACUGCCUUGUUUGCCAGCUUUUCAGAUAAACAUGUUCAGGAUAUGUUUUCGAACAGCCUAUGUGGUUUCCACUACUGGAGUUGCUAUACUGUUUCCAUACUUCAAUCAACUUCUAGGAGUGUUAGGAGCCUUAGGCUUUUGGCCAUUGGUUAUAUAUUUCCCGAUAGAGAUGUACUUUGUGCAGAGGAAAAUUGAAGCUUGGUCUAGAAAAUGGAUUGUUCUUAGGACCUUAAGCUUUAUUUGCUUUAUUGUGUCGGUACUGGCUCUCAUUGCAUCAUUUGAAGGAAUCAUAAGAGAGAAACUAAGCUAAUGAAGGGUGCUUCAUUAUCUUAUAAUCUUAUCUUUCAUGUAAUUCAGUUUCAUGUUAAUUUUAUUACUAUUUUGAGUUUAUAAAGGAGAUAGCAAUAAUGUGAGGAGUUGGACAUGGAAUAGUACUAGUUAGUGAAGAACUCCCUUUAAAUAAAUUGUAAUGCUACAUAAAUAUGGUCAUUAACGGAAAUAGGGUAAAGCUUAAA